UCCGGUGGAUGCUUGUCCUUUUGCUCAUCCUUUCCAUCCCCUGCUGCUGCUGCUCGCCCAUACGCUUCCGCUAAUCCCCUUUCUCCUGAUGGAUUUUCAGUAGUAGAUCUAUCUACAUCGAGCCAUCCUUUCUCCCGUGGCCAUCCUCAUCCGCUCCUCUCUUCUCCACCGAGCAAAUCCUUAGCGGCCAAGGCUUUCCGAGGUCGGCAGAAGUUUUAAAACGCUCUCCGAGAGAGUCCGCCUAGUCCCCGAGGAGAAAAGGGAGAGCACUACGACUCGCUGCUGGUAAGCUUUCGGUGGCGAGCGGCUCCAUAAAGCGGCGGCGGGCAAAGACAGGGCCCGUGGGUUUCGCUGCCGUAGAGACGAGAAUCUGCACUGCUGGUCAGGUGAUGCCCGCAUCUGAGGAUUGUUCAUGGAUGUGCGUGUGGUGAUGAGAAAGUCCGUACGCUCCAUGCCCGUGACGUCGCUACCACUAAUUGCUCAUGCCGCCGUUUUGCUGCUGCUGUCGGCGCUGCCGCUCUCGCAGACCUUAACUUAUGACCAAGACGUGUUUGCGAUAAAUGGAUUGUAUACUGCACUUGGAUCACCUGCUCUGCCUGGAUGGGUUGCAAAUGGUGGAGACCCCUGCACUGAGAACUGGCAGGGUGUUACCUGCGUGAUGACUAAUAUUACCAACAUAAAGCUCACCGGUAUAAGUUUGGCUGGACAGCUGGGUAACACAUUGGCGAAUUUCACAUCGCUAAUCUCCUUAGACCUUAGCAACAAUAAUAUUGCUGGAACCAUACCGGAUAAUCUACCUGUCACAGUGCAGCAACUUUUCCUAUCAGGAAACAAACUAAGUGGUAGCAUUCCUAGUACAUUGUCAACGCUUACACUUUUGACAGCCAUGUCCCUGAACAGCAAUCAGUUGGCUGGAGAUAUACCAGACGUAUUUUCAUCACACACUGGACUUGCAAAUUUAGAUUUUUCUGCCAACAACUUGACUGGCCCGUUACCGCCUUCAAUGGGAAACUUAACAGCAUUGACUAGCCUGCAUAUUCAGAACAAUCAAAUAUCUGGGACCCUUAACGUGUUGCAAGACCUCCCUCUCCAAGAUUUGAAUAUAGAAAAUAAUCUUUUCUCCGGCCCUGUGCCUCCAAAGUUACUCAGUAUUCCAAGCUUUCAGAAGGAUGGGAACCCAUUCAAUACUAGCAUAGCUCCAUCUCCAUCUCCACUGCCUGGUGCACCAGGACCAUUACCAUCACUACCACCUUCAACAGGACAUGUCCCCUCAAAAGAACCUACAAAGUCUUCUGGUGUGCCAAAUGGAAAUUCUCCAACAUCAGGGGCAAACACUGUUCGGACAGCCAAAUUUGUUGGAUACAUUCUUGUUGGGGUGGUAUCAGCAGUAAUUAUUGUGUUAAUGGUAAUGUUUUGUUCGUCCAAGUACAAAGAAAGGAAGUCAAAGAACAAUGUAUAUACAAAAAGCCAGAUAGGAAGGGAGCCUCAAAGGCUUGGAGAGCCUAAAAUCAAGGAAGUGUCAGAUAUAAAGGAACAUUUGGUAAAACCUGCGAACACUGUUGGGAAAGCUUCAAAUACGGUUUCUAAUUCAAAGGAGGAGCUGAAAGUCAAUGCAUCAAAGAAAGCUCCUAAUGUUGUUUAUGAUGCAAAGGAAGCCACAUCACCGUUGAGAGCUGCUCCCGGGGUGAUCACGAAAAAACAAAAGGAGCAUGUGAUUGAUAUGGAAAAAACUGACAAUUUUGUGGAAGAACCAGUGCAUUUUCUGCAGCCUGUUGCACCACAUACCGAAAAAGCCAUUAUCAGUGCCAGCGUUCGUACUAAAAAAGGCAGAGUACCUUCGCUCGGGAAGAUAGAUCUAAAAACUAAUGUUAAGUCCUUUUCUGUUGCAUCCCUUCAACAAUAUACCAACAGUUUUAGUGAAGAUAAUUUAAUAAGAGAUAGCAGGUUUGGUAAAGUAUAUCAGGCGGAACUUCCUGAUGGAGAGAUUUUAGAAGUUCUGAAGAUCGACGUUGAUAACUCAAGAGUACCGGUAGAUGUCUUCCUAGAGCUAGUUGUGAACAUUUCAGAACUGAGUCAUCCUAAUAUACUUGGGCUUGUGGGAUACUGUGCGGAGUUUGAGCAGCGGCUACUUGUCUACGAGCACUGUAGUAAGAUGACUCUACAUGAUGAACUCCAUUAUGUAGAUGAACCCAGUAACGCGUUGUCAUGGAAUGCCCGACUCCAAGUUGCUGUGGAGGCAGCAAAGGCAUUACAAUACCUUCAUGAUGGCUGUCAACGACCAAUUGGACAUCAAAAUUUUGAACCGUCUGUUAUUCUUCUCAAUAGCACCUUGGCAGUUCAAAUUUCCGAGUGUGGCCUUGCAUUGCUGUCUCAGUUGCCGGGCAGUCUUCGUGCCUUAUUCCAUUACGAAGCCCCCGAAGUUCAUGAAUCCAGAUCUUUUAGUGACCGGAGUGACGUCUACAGCUUUGGUGUCGUUAUGUUGGAACUUCUUACAGGACGUAAACCUUUCGACAGUUCCCGUCCACGUGCUGAGCAACAUUUGGUGCGAUGGGCCACUCCUCAGCUUUAUGAUAUUGAUGCCAUAUCAAAGAUGGUAGAUCCUUGUAUUCGAGGGCAAUGUUCUGACAAAGCUUUGUCACGGUUUGCUGAUGUUAUUAGCCGCUGUAUUCAGCAUGAGCCCGAAUUCAGGCCACCAAUGUCUGAAGUUGUCCAAGACCUAACUCGUAUGAUCAGUGACGCAACAAAGGCUUCCAUGUAGGAACUUCCUGAAACAGGGAAGAACGUGGCAGCCUGUUGCUGAGAAUUCAAGAUGCCAUCAGGAGCUUCUUGCCAGAUUUAGUGCUCAAAUCAUUUUUGCUUGCUUGCAAAGAUGGCUUUGGUCAGUGACGCAGUAGUAGGGUAGGACGGUUCAGUCGUUCAGACGGUGAACUCGUCGAUGUUGAUGUGCAGAUGCCUGCAUUUCAUUUUUCUCUAGAACUUGUUUGUCCUGGAUAGGUCAUUAGCCAAUAAUGUGUGCCUGCUCGAUUUAUUCUUGUGAAACUUGUGUCUAUCUCAUUGCUAUUGUUAUAUUCUUUAUAGUCGACUGUCAUCAUUUUUAAUGCCUACUCCAGUUUCAGUGGCUCUUUAGC